AUGGAGGAAAGACCAUCCUCACGUACGCAAAUAUUUCCUUUUUUCUUUUCCCACUGCUUUCUUUUUUACAUUCCAUUAACGAUGGUUGCAAUAGGGUUUCUGGGCACGUCCGGGCAAGAAUGAAGACAAUUCAUUGGAUCUAAUGACAUGGACCUGCGGUAUUCCAGGCAAAGAUAGCACGCCGUGGGAAAACGCUGUAUACAAAGUCAUUCUGCUAUUUCCUGAAGAUUAUCCCAGCAAACCACCCAAAUGCAAAUUUGAUCCUCCGUUAUUCCAUCCUAAUGUGUAUCCUUCGGGUACUGUGUGCUUAUCCAUUUUGAACGAAGAUGAAGGUUGGAAACCAGCUAUUACGGUAAAGCAGAUCUUGCUCGGCAUUCAGGAUCUUUUGAACGAUCCCAAUCCCGAAUCUCCCGCUCAGCAAGACGCGUACAUGUUAUUUAGAAAGGAUAAAAAGGAGUAUGAACGACGAGUGCGUGCGCAAGCAGCGAAAAAUCGUCCAAUGUAGGCAGGAUGCAAUCGGCAUUUGUUAGUUCUAAAACCUAUUUCUCUUUCAUUUUUUCUUUCCAUACAACAUGCACAUACAUAUAUGACACAUCCAUUUCAUUU